UGCGAGUCUGCGUCCGCCGUCGCGCACCUCUCCAGCCUGUCAGCCCCGUUGUCCGUGCUGCCGUGAGCCCUGCGCGUCUGCCGUUGCCGUGUUGCUUCCCCGCCAAACAUCGAAGCGCCCCGCGACGCUCGACUUCACCGUCCACCGCCCUCCGUGCCCACCACCGACCCCGCGAGGCUUGCUGUCUUCACACCUACCUUGGCUGUCGCCCGCCGUCACGCAGUCAUCCUCGCCUCUCGGACCUGCACCCGCAAGCGUCCCGAAAGCGUUAACCCAAUAGACGCUGUGGCCCUCCUUUUACCCAGUUUCUGACCGUGAUUGGCGAGACAUUGUGGUGCAUUCGGGCGCCAAAUUUGAAACAGAGCAGAGAGCUGCCCGAGAGCUCGACUCCGUCGCCAGAACACUGCCGGUCGCUCCUCCCCAUAGCAGUGCCCAUCGAACCCUCCCUACCUGCCUGCAACGCUCUUUCCGCAUUCCAGACCGCCCACCAUGGCCGACUCCGCCUUCAAGACGAAGACGAUGAAGAGGAAGAACGUGAAAGGCCUCGCGCUCAGUGCUCCCCCACCGAAGCCCGCGCCUUCGGCCGGCGACGCCCAGGCGCCCGGCGGCCUCGGCCAGGACGAUAAUCGCGCAGACACACUCGAGAUUGGCGUCGAGUUCCGACUGGACCUGAAAGCAGAGGAUCUGAUCGUUCUGCGCGAGCUCGGAGCCGGCAAUGGCGGAACCGUGAGCAAGGUACAACAUGCUGCUACCAAAGUAGUCAUGGCACGGAAGAUCAUACACGUCGAAGCAAAGAACGAGGUGCGGAAACGGAUCGUCCGCGAGCUGCGCAUCAUGCACGACUGCAACUCCGAAUACAUUGUGGCUUUCUACGGUGCUUUCCAGAACGAGAGUGGAGAUGUCAUCAUGUGCAUGGAAUACAUGGACGUGGGAUCCCUCGAUUGGGUUUCGAAAACGUUCGGUCCCGUACGCGUUGACGUACUGGGCAAAAUCUCAGAAGCCGUGCUGGGCGGUCUCGCAUACCUCUACUCCGCCCACAAGAUCAUGCACCGCGAUUUGAAGCCAUCCAACAUCCUCGUAAACUCAAAAGGACAAAUCAAACUGUGCGAUUUCGGCGUUUCCAGCGAAUUGGAGGGUUCGAUAGCAGAGACUUUCGUCGGAACGGGAACAUAUAUGGCGCCAGAGCGGAUACAGGGAUCACCAUACACCGUCAAGUCCGAUGUGUGGAGUGUCGGCCUCACGUUGAUGGAGCUGGCAAUUGGGAAAUUCCCCUUUGGCGGCAGCGACGACGAUGGCGAUGGGCCCGGCGGCCCGCAAGGUAUCCUCGACCUCCUGCAGCAGAUCGUCCUAGAGCCCGCGCCGAAACUCCCCAAGAGCGAUGCAUUCCCCGCGAUCCUAGAAGACAUGAUAGCGAAGUGCUUGAUGAAAGACCCGGCCGAGCGACCCACGCCCAAAGAGCUCUACGAACACGACGCCUUCUUGCAAGCUGCCAAGCGCACCCCCGUCGACCUCGAAGCCUGGGCCGUCAGCAUGAUCGAGCACAACAAGCGCAAAUCGCACCUUGCGCCGUCGGCCCCCUCCUCCACCGUCCGCGAGCGCCUCCAAGGUCCCGGCUCAGCGCCGCACGCCCGCUCCGACUCCAACGGCUCGACCUCCGCGGCGCCCCCGCGCCCACAGCACCCCUCCCGCACGAGCAGCUCGUCAUCCGCACAGAACAUAAUGGCGCUGCCGAUCCGGCCUGCGCCGCCGCCAGGUGAUAGGCCGGGGAGUCAGCACCUGAGGGGCCCGCCAAACGGGGGACCUGGACUGCCGGCAGGGCCGAAGAGGUGGAACAGCGAGAACCAGAUUUAGAUAUAAGCGGUGCGAGGGUUGCACUGGGUUGGGAUGGAUGGGAUGGGAUGUGUGGUUUGGCGAUUUAGAUACGAUACCUUUCUUCCGUUGGAUAUGUGUGUGGGGGCUAGCAAUGGCCGUGCGAACAAUGAAGCGAUUUUGGAUUUGGAUGGGAUGUGGGGGCUCAGUGUUGCAUUCUAGGCGCUUGAGGACAGUCGAUAGGAAGC